UCAUCACUACUCUAUCUCAAAUGGAUUAUGAACCUCCAUUUUUAGAGAUCUACAAGAUCCUUCUACAAGGCUCACUCGAUGUUGAUGUUGGUAUUAACACAAGUGACAAAUCCGAGUGGUGUGAGCUUCCUCUGAUUGAUCUUUCCAAGCUAAGUCUUGGCAAGCAUGAGAGGGUGGAGUGCAUGGAAGAAAUCAGUGGAGCUGCCAGAACAUGGGGUUUUUUCCAGGUUGUGAAUCAUGGUGUUUCACAAGAGUUGCUGCAGAGUCUGAGGUGUGAGCAAAUGGAAGUGUUCCGCAACCCUUUUGCACACAAGUCUAGUGAGAAUUUCUUGAAUUUACCAGCCAGAAGUUACAGGUGGGGCAACCCUUCUGCCACAAACUUGAGGCAAAUUUCAUGGUCAGAAGCCUUCCACAUGUUUCUUCCAGACAUAGCUAGGAUGGACCAGCACCAAAGUCUGAGAUCAACAAUUGAAGCUUUUGCAUCUGUGGUUGCUCCUCUAGCAGAAAGCUUAGUGCAAAUUCUAGCUCAGAAAGUGAACAUCAAAUUCAGCUAUUUCCAAGAAAACUGUUCAGCAAACACAAGCUUUCUUCGCCUAAACAGAUAUCCACCAUGUCCAUUCUCUCCAAGGUUCUUUGGCCUCUUACCUCACACUGAUUCUAGUUUCCUCACUAUAGUACACCAGGACCAGAUUGGGGGGUUGCAACUAAUGAAAGAUGGAAAUUGGGUUGGUGUCAAACCUAACCCCCAAGCUCUUGUUGUUAAUAUUGGUGAUUUAUUCCAGGCACUAAGCAAUGGAACUUACAUAAGUGCUGUGCACCGGGUGGUGGCAGCUGAGAAGGUAGAGAGAUUCUCAGUGGCAUAUUUCUAUAACCCUUGGAAAGAUGCAGUGAUAGAGAGCCACAUGAUGCCACGAGUGUACAAAAGGUUUACCUUUGGAGAGUACAGAGAGCAGACAGAGAAAGAUGUUAAGAAAACAGGUGAUAAAGUGGGGCUGUCUAGGUUUCUCUUGUAGAAACAUAGUCACAAUGACACCCCAAGAAAAAUUGAUGAGCAAAAGAAAUUUUUCAAACGUUGAGAUGAGUCAGUCACAUCUGAUCAUGGAUUCCGGAAUCAGGGACCACAUACCACUUUGAAAGUUGUCAUCUCCCAAUCAUACUUCGACACAAGUGCAUUUUCUUCUCCAGGUUAUAAUUAAUCUAUACUUUCAUCAUUUGGAAGAGGUUGAGGUUACUUAGUUAAUUAGGACUAAAAUAUAUGUGUACAUAAUUGGAGGAGUUUACUUAGUUAAUUAGGACUAAAAUAUAUAUCUACAUAAUUGGAGGUGAGAUGGUUGUUAAAUAAUUUUGUUUAUUAUAUAUGUUAGAGAUGUUGUAAAAAUAAAGUCGUUAGAAAUUUCA